GAAUAAGACUUCACAUAAAUUGUACAUAUUUUAAACAGCACAUUUUCACAUUUUCAUUGUAAUUUUCCUUUAUUCUAUUUUCAUGUUUCUUGAUUUUUGCUUUUAUUUUCAAUUUUGUUUUCUUUCAGGCCACUAGUUAUGAACCAAAGCAAAUUCCUUGUGAAAACUUACUCUACAAUAAACCAGAUUCUUCUCCUUCGUAAUGCCAAAAAACUUGAAUUUUCGCACCAGAAAUGGCAAUAUACUAAAAUCAUAAAUGCAUGUCAUUUCAAAUCCAGUUUGCCUACACAAAUAUAUAUUGGCUUCAUUUAUUUAUUUUAAUAACAUAAUUUGUCAGUAGUGUAUCAUCGAAGGUGAAUGUGUUUACCCAUGUGUGUGCCUUAACUUUGUGGCUCUGUUAGUUGAAACACAAGAAAAGGAAUGAAGAAAGGAUUGAAGAAGGAAAGGAGACAAGGACGCCCCCCGACAGUGUUGGGUCGCGGCCUGCUGUAUUUCUUCGACUCCGUUCACCUCCAUUCACACAGUAAAUAAAAGCAUGGAGGCUCUGACUCUCGGGAUCUAAUACCGAACAGCGGGGGGUAAAGACACUGCCGCAUGCGCGCUCCCUUUCACCAAAACACACAGGAAGGAAGCAGGACGGCGGUGAACGCUUUGCCUGUUGGAUUUAACUGGUUUUCCGCGGAGGAGAGGAUUGUAGUUGGAGACAGGAGCGGGGCAGCCCGCCGUGCUGAGCAUGAAGCGGACGGCUGUAGUGGCCAGGCACAAUGGCCUCGUCUCUCCGCUGGGGAACAACAACUCCGGGGCUUCGAGCAUCGUCUCACCACCACAGCCGAGAGCCACUAGUAUCUCCGCUUGUGCCGACAGUGGUGCCGGCGGUGGGAUGGACGGCCUGCUGGAUUUCUCCAAAGGCCCCACCGUCAAAACCGAGCUGGUCUGUAAAUGGAUUGACCGAACUUCUUCGAGACAGAGGCUUGGGCGGACGGCGACAUCCGUCUGCGACCAAACUUUCAGCUCCAUGCACGAGCUGGUGGACCACGUCACCACCGAGCAUGUAGCAGCGGGGCUCGAGACCCUCAGUCAUGUCUGCAUGUGGGACGAGUGUAUGCGCGGCGGGAAGGCGUUCAAAGCCAAAUACAAACUCAUCAACCACAUUCGCGUGCACACCGGGGAGAAGCCUUUUUCAUGCGCAUUUCCCAACUGCGGCAAGAUGUUCGCACGCUCCGAGAACCUCAAGAUCCACACGCGCACGCACACUGGUGAGAAGCCAUUCCAGUGUGAGUUUUGCGAACGGCGCUUCGCCAACAGCAGCGACCGGAAGAAGCACUCGCAGGUCCACACAGCUUCGAAGCCCUAUGACUGCAAGGCCCUGGGCUGCACCAAGUCCUACACCCACCCCAGCUCCCUGCGCAAACACAUGAAGGUUCACGUCAAGUUGUCACCUACCUCUGAACCCCAAGACAUGUAUGACUCCAUCCCCCAUCAACUCCAACAACCUCAUCAGGCUCUCCUCGAGCCCCUCGACCUUAAAAUUAACCGCCUCUCUCCAUCACUUGCCAAUACAAACACUCAUUUUCCUCUUCUGUCCAAUCACGAAUUGGAUAUCAGCUCAGCCAGCAAAGUUGACCAUAAGCUGCUGCUGCGGAGUUCAUCUCCAAUGGCAAUGCCUCUGGAUCUCUCUCUGUCAGGCUUGAAGAGUCAGCUGGCCCAGAAGCAACAGAGUGGUAGGACCCCACGGAGGAGCCAGCGCUCAGUCAACCCAGCCUUACCUCAGUUAUCUAACAUUAAGGAGUGGUAUGUCUGUACGAGGAGUACAGCACCACACUUUCCUCUACUUCACCCAGACCAUAUCAAAUCAGAACCUAGUGAUGACGAGGAGUAUGUCACGUAGGAUGGAGGAACUGGUGAAUUUGGACUUGAAGAACAUAUAUUGUCAGACCCAGGUCAGGCCAGAGGAUGCUCUGUGGAAUCAUAGUUGCUGUAAAUUUCCAGAACCAGCACUUGUAUGGUUCAACAUCAGUGGCCCUUCUAAGACGGAGAAGGCUGUGUCAGAUAGAGACUUUUUUACUCUGUCUCUAAUUCAAAACUCAGCUUGGCGAUCAUCACUAUCUGUGGACCAAAAUGCAAUGGCUUAAAUGUUGCCGGAAGGGACAUGACAAAUUCCCUGAUUAUGGUUAUCAAACAAAAAACUGCAAGUUACCCAAUCAGUGUUAGCUAGCUAACCUGAACUAACAAAGGGGGUAACAUUGUAUAAAUGGACCAGGGGAUGUGGGGUACUGCUCUGCUUGCUGUUAAAGAAUAUGAAGAGAGUGUGUGUACAUGAUGACCUCUUUAGGGAGACAGAUUAUUGACCAAUUUAUCUAAGAGCUCCAUCUAGAGAAAGCAAUUAAAAGGGCUACAUUGACACUGGUGGAAAGUGGUUAAUGUUAACCUGAGCUCACGAUAGCACUGUAUACAUGGUAACACAGCAGGUCCAAAACAGCAGGCACACUGAGUGGAGGUAAGUGUGUGCUUGUUAUGGCCUCAGUAUGUUUUAAACAAACUAGCUUGUACAUCAGAUAGUUAGAAAAAUUGUUGGAAGCAGCUGAUUGUGCUGUCAGAAAAGGGGGUUACCGACACUGUUAGGUGAUCUGACAAGCACUUUGUUUGAAGCAAACUGAAGCCUUUACUAACAAACCAUUGGUAGUAACUUGUUCAAAAGUGUUUUAUGUGAUCACAGUCUAAUCCAACACAGUAGCAAGCAGUGAAGCUGCAGUUUGAAGACAGUGGGACUGAUCCUUCUUUGAACUGAUCAUCAAGUGUCUCCUUAACCUCUUCGACUCUAUGGACCUUUCAGUGGGUUAAUCGCCUGCAUUUGUUUACACGUCAUGUACAAUUUAGUCAAGACCCCAAGGUUUCCAAAUUUAUCAUAAAUGUCAUACACAUAUUCCUUUAACAUGAAAAUGUGUAUUAAAUGAUGCACACAACAUCUUGUAUUUUCCCUUUGAUCAAAUGGUGCAGCCAUUAAAGAGUGGCAAGUGGAAACAAGCAGAAUGUAUUGUGUAAGAUUGUGGUACAGCUUGGGAAAUGUUUCAUUUGUGUUUGAAGUUACUGCAUUGAGAACACUUUAAAUGGUUAAUAAGUGACUUACACCAAUAUGCAUCCAGCCACUAGUAGGUCAUAUAAAACUGGAGUUGAACCUGGGAUCUAAGAAAACCUACCUGAAGCAGAUUGUUUAAAAGUAUAAUGACACAAGUUUUAAAUUCUAUUUUAAAGGAAAAUUAUGAUACGCUACAACUCAUGUCUCACAAAGUUGGUAAAACUGAAGCUGUUUUCAGAUAUGAACUUUGGACAAUGUCCAGAGAAUCUGGUCUGGACAUUAGUCUGGAGUUGCCCUUUCACUCAUGUAAUUCAUAACAAGAGAUUAUCAGUAUCAGAAGCGUUCUCUCUAACUGGAAAUACUCUGCUAAGUUAAGGCGAGUGGUAGCAUCUAGGUAGAAUGCAGGAGGCCAGACAUGAUGCAAAAAGUCUGUGGAAAUGACAGUGUUUUGUUUGUGUAGCUGGUUCAUAAUUCGGUCCUAAACAAUGCUAACCCUAGCCUUUCCUUGUCAGUCCUUACUGAUAAAAGUUCCUGAAUCUCGUCAUCUCGUCUCUUGCAGUUCCUUGAAUUUGUCUGACAAUUUCAGCGUCCACCCUUACUGAAAGAAGUUUCUGCAUCUUGUCUCUCCUGUUAGAUAUUUUUGCUGCUGUCUUUGUUUAAAUUACCCUUCAUCUUCAGUCUCAGAUGUUUUUUAUCUUCCGGUUUCACACCAGUCACAUGAUAGAAACAUCAUCAACAUGCCAACUCGCUCGACGUGAAUUCUCCAAACAGACCUGUUCUGUUCACACGUGGGCUCAACUGGACAUUACACAGACUUUGUACUUGGGAGCAUGCAGGGAAAAGUCCACUUAAUGUCUAGUCCCUCUGAUUUGGACAUUUGCAGACUUGCAUACAGCUCCUCUGGCUAGAGGUUCACAGUUGCAGUGCAUGUGUGAAAGCAGCUUGAAAAUGAGUACAUCUGAGAAGUCUCCAAUAACUGCUCAUUGCAUAGGAGAACUACAGUAAGAGCAGCAGGUCAAAGUAGGAACUGGGUCUAACUGUGAUGAAUGUUCACAAGCGAUAAUUUCAACGUUCAUCUUUGUUUUCUUUUCCAUGUAAGUUUAGCUAAUGUGGGGGUUUAUUUAAAAUCUUUUUCGCCACCUUGUUUCCAAGCUGUUUCCUCACAUGAACUCCAGACAAUGACCAGAGAAUCAGGUCUGCACAUUGGACUGACUCAUGUCGCACUCAACGAAAGAUUAUCCGUGUCAGGUGUGUUUUCACCUUUUGGAAUUGCUCUGUUUGGUUAAAGCAAGGGAAGCAGGGGGCAGGACAUGACACACAACCAGACCACAACAGUAUGCUGUGGAAAUCGCAGUGUUUUUUCUAUGUAGCCAGUUUGCAAUUUUUUCAUUAACAACCAAGUUUCUUGCCCUUCCUUAAACUUGUCUGACGAUUUCGACAUCACUUCUUACAGACAAAAGUUCCUGAAUCAUGUCAUCUCUCCGAGGAGACAUUUCUGUGGGUGUCUUUUUUUUCACCCUUGAACGUUUCUGUUUUUACAGUUACAUGAUAGAAACGUCAUCAACACACUCGCCUGCCUGCUGUGUAUUCUCAGGACAAUGACCUGCUCUAUUCACACAUGGGCAUAAUUGGACGUUAUGCUGACUUUGUGCUCGGCAGCUGGUGGAGUAAGGUCUGUAAAUGGUCCGAUCCAACUGAUUUGAACAUUUGCUUUUUCCCAUACAGCUCCUCUGGGUAAUGUCUAGUUAAGGGCUGUAGCACGUGUUUGAAAGGGGCUUCCUUUAUUAUUACUGACAGGAAUGAUCAACAGUACCACAAUUAACACCCAAGUUGAAUCAACCCCUAAAUUUCCCUUUAAACAAUGUAAGUGAUUUGAGAAUUACAAGUCUCAAUUUUGAUUCAGGUUUACUAAUGACAAAGCUGUUGAGCGAGUUAUUGAUCGAUGUCAAGCAUGGAGAGGGUACAUAGACGUUUAUAAGUGCUGAACAGAAUUGGACGGACAGAAUUGUGUCACUGAAAUUUUGCCUCUCAAGCAAAAAUCUCUAGAUACAAGCACCUACUUUAUGAAGUUUUUAUUUUUUAUUUAUUUUUAUUUUUCACAUGGUUAGCAUGGUGGGAUGGUGAUUAGCACUGUAACCUCACAGCAAAAUCCUCCAGCUGGGGCCUGUCUGUGUGGAGUUGACAUGUUCUGUCCAUGGCUGUGUGGGUUUUCUAAGGCAGUCCAAACACAUCCAAGUAAUUAAUUUUAUCAUUGGAAACUCUGAAUUACCUGUAGGUGUUAAUAUGAGUGUGAAUGGUUGUCAGUCCAUAUAUGUUAGACCUGUGCUAGACUGGUAACUGGUCUUAGUGUACCAUGCAAUGUGGGUUGAGAUAAGUUCCAGCUCUCUGUGACCCUGCACAUGAGAGGCGGGAAUAGAUAAUGGGUGGAUGGAUAUGCCUGGCAUGCAACCAGAAUCUGAGAGCAGGAUAAAAUCCAUUGCAUCUGACCUGGAGGUGAGGUUUGCUCAUGUUUGAUACUGACUUCUAAAUAACAUCCGUGCGCUUUCCAGCGUGCUCCUCUGGAUUUUUCUGGCAAAAGCCAUUUUUACACAGAGAUGGCGUAUUAGGGCCACUACAAAGUCCCUUUAUGCUGCCUUUGCAUUUUUACUCAGAACCAAGCAACAGUGGCGUCAUGCUGUUAAGACAGCAUGCCGUCAUCACAGAAUCAAAAGAGGCGUGACGGGUGUGAUGUUAAACACAACAGCGUCAGCCUCUAGUGUGACAUAUAUAUGUCGACAGCACUUAAUAAACCAUGACAAAUGCAUUAACAUGGCAAUAACAAUCAUCAGCUGAUCUUGUCCUCUGCUCGGAGAGUAAGGAGCACCCAGACCUCCUUGUUUUUCAAAUUUGCAGACAUUUUAGGCUGCUGUUCUUUUCUCUGAGUUAGCUGCUAACUCCUAUGAUGGGUCAGACAAGUAACCCAUUGUCAAAACAUCACACCCAUGCUGCCCGUGAUCCCAUCCUGCUGGGUGUCCCUUUUAUACUGACAUCGUUUCGGGGCUGUGACUACCUUCGAUGCUGGCUUAAAGGCAAGACAACUCUGUCCCUUUAUUUGGCAAUUGUAUCUUUUAUACAGAGCAGCAAAGCACCAUAACUUCUAAAUUCCCACCUCAAAGACACAGUGUAAAAGAGGCUGAAAACACCAACUGUUGAAAGUACAUGUAUGGGAAAUUGAAGCAUGCACGGGCCCCUCUCAUGAUAUCAAGUGCUCAGAAUCUCUCUCCACUAAUAUAAACUAGUAAUAGAUUUUCAAGUUAUGCAUGGAAUCAGGUUGCUGCUUUUACAUUUUUACAAAUGUCACCUAUCAGAGUUAAUGAUCACUGAAUAGCACAUCUUUGUUCCUUUUCUGCAGUAAAAUCGAAAAAGACUGACACAGUAUCACAUCAGAUCUCAAGUCAUUGAAGGGUCCAGUUAAGACACCUACUGAACCAUUUAUUCUCUUUAUAAAAUGUUUAUUGGAUCAAUGUAGAACAUGAAAUGUAAGAUGCAGUCAGUUAACAUGCACUCCAGUGAGAUCCACCCCAACCCUCUGAUUUGGCAAGUCACAACAAUGUGUGAAUGAACGAGUAAACAUUAAAUAAAUUACAACCAACCAUAAUGAAGUUUCAUGAUAUUGCGUAAUGUCAGUGUACUUAUCAACCAUUUUUGUUGAUUUUACUCUUAGUAUUUUAUCUUAAUUUUUCUAAAUGACCCUCUGGAAACAGGUGAAAAGACACCGCCUACAAGCACCAUCUGUCACUGCAGUAACAAAGCUCUUCAGGCUUAAAGAGAACAAGGCGAAGGUGUGAGGUCAGAAGACUUGAUGCAAAUGAGAACAGCUGAAAGGAUUCAUAUCCAGUGUGCCAGAGGAGCGCUGGGACUACUGAGCCACCUGAGCAUAAAAGCACAUUCUUAACUUACAAAAUACUAACCAACUGUUAUCUGAAGCCGCUUAUCCUUUACAGGGUUGCAGGGGACUGGAGCUGAUCCCAGCAGUAAUCGGGUGAGAGGCAGGGUACACCCUGGACAGGUCACCAGACUAUCACAGAGCUGACACAUAAGCCCCUUUCCUGUUGGAUAAAAACGACCAACACCCAAUAACAUCUGGCUUUUGUAUUUAGUGGGAAAGGUUACAAUCUGCAUUUAUUCACAGGCAAAUGAGUAGUCAUGGUAAUUUAUCGGCUUCAGCUCUAAUUGGCUCAAACUGGCAAUGAUAAAACAUGACACCAGAGUGGACACGCACAUUUUUGCGCCUUUUCUGCUAGGUGCAAUGACGCUUUACCACAAAAUAAAGUUGGUGUUUGUCUAAGCAGUACUCGAACAAUGUUCAAAAUUAGUCAGCUUCAAGUUUGAAAGAGAGACUGAAUAAAUAUGAAAAACAAAUAAUCACUGACAUUUUCGCAGGCCUCCAUGUUGCUUUCUACCAUCUACUUACCUGUGUUUUUGGCAUGUUCAUAACACCAAACAUAACACACCAGAAUUUUAAAGAAGGCAUACCUGUCCACAUCAGAGUCAUGUAAACAGCUCUGGUCUACUGGCAUAGGAAAGGAGUCUAUUACCUAUUUUACUGGGUUUUCUGGACCUUAAAAAAACACACACACAUAUACAUGCUAAUGUUGUUCAACAUAGGGUAAUAGAGACCAUUCACACUCACCUAACAGCAAUUUUGAGUCACCAGUUAACCUAACCUGCAUAUCUUUGGACUGUGGGAGGAAGCUGGAGAACCUGGAGAAAACCCACAGUGACAAAGGCAGAACAUGCAAACUCCACCCAGAAGGGUCUGACCCUGAACCCUUGUGCUGUGCGGUGACAGUGUUGUCCAUUGCACCACCAUGUAGCCCUCAACCUUUGACAAAAUAAUAACAAGGUUGUAGCCCACUUCCUAACUCUUCCUGGGGCUUUCAGUUAUGCUGAUUAAGACCAAAAGAUGUUCUGGGGAAAUCCAGUACGUGCCCCAUAGAAUAAGAUUUAUUUGUCAAACCACUAGCUGAACUGUUGAGGUGAUAAUAGUUGGACUUGCUAGAUGAAUGUUUGCUUCCAACCACAUAAUUCAAGCCAAUUAGAUUAAUCAGCAUUCUGGUGCUAGGUUUAAUGACUAAUUGAUGUCAGGGAUGAAUCGGACAUUUACUGCCUGCUCAGACUGCUUACCAAUAAGCUGCUUGUUAAGUUAGUACAGUAUAGACAGAUACCCACUUUUCACCAAGGACCUGUCUUCAAUCUGCAAUUCCCAACACAACACUGAUGUGUGUGAAAUCUGUUUACGCCAAAUCCGAUGACCUAUUUCCAUCUGUUUAACCAAAAGACAUGGGACAUGAGUCAGGCAGUGUGUUACAUAAACUAGCAGUACAUUAGUCAAGAGUUUUAACAUGAACACCAUGAAUUUUGGUGUCAGACCUGUAAUGGAAAGGACUAAAAAAAAGACUGGCUAGCAAGUUUCAGAUAGGUUACUUCCUAAUGAUGAGUAAAAUUGCAUUUUUCAUGCAGCUC